AUUUUGUUGAAGUUGUUGCACUCAUGGUGGUCUAGCUCACUCUAUGGUGACCGAGCAGGUGGUAGCUUCCAGAGAGAUAAGGCUGAGAAGAUCGCUAUGUGCUGGUUGGCAGUCGUCACGACAGCGACCAGGGAGGCGGGGCUUCAGCCAUCAUGAAUCAGCUCAUCGCGGCGCUGACAGAGCAGACCAAACGAGGAUGGGUGCCAGACCGUACCACUGUGUUUUGCUCAUGGGGAGGCUCAGCCCCGGGGAACAUCGGGUCCUAUGAGUGGGGAAAGGAUAACAGUGUUGUCCUGCAGAGCAGUGCAGUGGCCUAUGUCAGUCUGAACUAUCCAGUUAGAGGGACCGAGACACUACGAGCUACAGCUUCUCCAACCCUUCUGCAACUCACUUCAGAUAUACAGAGAAGACAGUUGCUGAGUUGCAUUCGUGGUGGGAACUGCCCGGGACCCAACGUCAGCUCGUUGCAGUUGCCUGGAGAUGUGAAUUUCUUCGCCAACCAACUGGCUGUGCCCACCAUGGAGUUUGCCUUCGAGCAGACCAAAGGAGAAGAGAUCACCAGUUUCCUGUCAGAAGCCCAAUUUUCUGCUGAGUCACCAGAGACCCUGGAUCCGCUUUUCAAGUUCCAUGAGACCAUUGCGAAGAUGACAGCAGAAGCCAUUCUCCGCUUGGUCAAUGAUCCUGUGCUGCCAUUCUACCCUCUGGACAUUGCCCUGGAUGUCCAAAACAAACUCAAAGAUAGGAGUGUGGUAACUCAGUCCCUGCUGUCCUCAGCCUCCUCUCUGAGAGACCACGCAGCUUUCUUCCAGUCAGAAACGAUGCGGCCGGCAAAUGAUCCCAAAGAGCGCGACCCCUCCCACGUGCGGAUGCUAAAUGAUGUACUCCGUGACCUGGAGAAGAGCUUCAUCAUCCCACAGACACCGCCUGGAGUGUACAGGAACCUGUUAUACAGCCUUCCAGGGAAGACUCCUCAGUUUUCCAUCCUCAGGUUCUCAAAGGAAGCUGUACUGCAUUGCAACGUCUCCAGCAAAGCAGUCAAACACAACUCUGCAGACAAGGAAGUGCUUUGCCACAGCACCCUGAACCAGUCUCUGUCUCUCAUCCUUAAGGCCAUCCGCUCGGCGGAGAGGCUGGUGUGUUUUGGCUUGGGCUUGUUUGAAAAUUACCCAAAUGACACAAUAUGAUCUGGGCUGACACAGACCCAUCAGUGAGCUUGGAUGCGCUCAAGAGCAGAAAUUGCCACUGAUCUAGUCAAUAAAGUUGAAAUACAUUGCUAAUAUUAAAACACAAUUGAGCCUCUUCCAAAACUUAAUCUUACUCAUUGUACAUCAUUAAGAAUCAGAGAGAACCCAAACACUAAAUGAGUUUUGAGAGGGCUCAACAGAAAACAGAUUCAAACUCCCAACCCAUAGUGUCAUCCAUUUACUCCCAUCAUUCCACACUUUCUCAAUAACCGAUAUUGAACCAAUGAAUACAAUAUGCAGUUCAGAAUAAAGGGAGAAUUGUUUUUCAAAUGAUUUUUAUAUCAAGGGUUGUAAAAAAAAAAAUUCUGAUUGAUGAAUGUAUUGAAACUAACUUGUUGCACACUAGCUCUUAGA